AUGGCUGGCCUCAAAACCAAAAGUCAAAGUGUUGUUCACCAUAUAAGUGUGAGUAAUAAGUACUCUUCCUUGCAAAUUGAAGACGACGAUGAGGCAGUAACGAGCAGUGACGCUGGAAAUAAUCAAACCUUAGUUCCCAAGAAGACUCCAACUAUAGACCACGAAAAGAAAAGACGAUUGAACAAUACCCGAAGAAACAUCCAAGACGCAAAGCAAAAUUCCUUACCAAUGAGCAAUCAACGUGACAACAUCCAACCGAGAAAACAACAAUGUGAUGUGGCUUUGGUGCAUGGGUGA